AUGGCGUACCGCCUUCCAGGGCUAGUUUCUAUUCCUUCCGACGGUGAAACUCGUACUUUUACCAUCAAGGAGCUCGAGUUACCUUCGAAGCUUACUCGUUUCGCAAUUCCUCGCGUGGACACACGGACUCAUAUGACGGCCAAGAUCGUGAACGCUUCGGAGUACACCCUCCUCCCCGGCAAAGCAAGCGUCUAUGUCGAUGGCACCUUCACAUCCACCAUGAAUAUGUUCCUGGUAAGCCCGGACGAGACCUUCAAUUGUCCUCUUGGGUUGGACCAAGCCAUCCGGAUCGUGUACCACCCUCGCGAAUCCAAAGCUUCCAAGUCAGGUUUCUAUACGAAGACGUCCAACACCCUGGUCUCUCAGCGUGUUACUGUCCACAACACCCGUCUGCGCUCCGUUCCAGAGCUGAAUAUCAUCGACCAAAUCCCUGUGGCCGAAGACAGUCAAAUAGCAGUAACCUUGAAGAAACCUGCCCUCGCCCUUCCCAGUCAAGACCCAGUCAACCAGAUUGAGCCCAUUGUGAGGGUCGAGGAAGGUGUUAGUGCAUGCUGGUACGAUGCGGAGGACUCGGGGAACAUUGCGGCGCUGGGCAAGGAUGGGAAGUUGAAGUGGGUAUGCUCGGUCCCGGCGCAGCAGAAAGUGAAUCUCGUGCUGCAAUGGGAGGUGUCCGUUCCAUCUGAGGCUACCAUUCUUGGUCUUUGA